GCCAGAUUCAACUAGAAAGGAACCAGUCCCAGUCCAGCCACAACUUGGGAGUAGGGAGCAGGUGGCAGCCAGGACUUCUGGAGCCCUGUAGUCCCUGGGGCUGAGGGAGUCAAGACACAGCCCAGGACGAGGGCCUGAGAGUGGAGGAGACAGCCCAGACUGAGAAGAGAAAAGUGGGGAAGAAGAAGAAGAGAGGCAGGAUCAGGCAGCCUGGCACACAGAGGGGCCAGGCAAGGAAGAAGAGUGUCCAGAAAGAGGCCCAAGAGAAAGAAGCAGAAGGCAGAGAGAGAGAGGGAGGAAGGGUGGAGGGAGAGGGAGAGCGCGCCAAGACACAGGGAUACCAAGAACGAGACUGACUACUAAGCAGAGGCUGAUGGCUGUGGAGGCAAAAAGGGAGGUGCUGGGACUGAAACCAAAAGGUGACCUUAUCAGAGAAGCAGAGGAGAGGCCACUCCAGGGAAGCCCAGCCCCAGCUCUGGUCCUGACUCCAGCAGGGCUCAUGAAAGAAGACAAGUGUGAGGAGCCAGGGCCGGAUUCCGAACCCGAGGGGCCCCAGCAGCCCACGGAGGAGGAGGAGGCCCUGAUCGAGUUCCACCGCUCCUAUCGAGACCUCUUCCAGUUCUUCUGCAACAACACCACCAUCCACGGCGCCAUCCGCCUGGUGUGCUCCCAGCACAACCGCAUGAAGACGGCCUUCUGGGCCGUGCUCUGGCUCUGCACCUUCGUCAUGAUGUACUGGCAGUUCGCCCUGCUGUUCGAAGAGUAUUUUAGCUACCCCGUCAGCCUCAACAUCAACAUCAACUCUGACAAGCUUGUCUUCCCUGCUGUGACCGUCUGCACCCUCAAUCCCUACAGGUACACGCAAAUUAAAGGGGAGCUGGAGGAACUGGACCGCAUCACCGAACAGACGCUCUACGACUUGUACAAAUACAAGUUCAACACCACCGGGACCCACCCCCGCGGCCGUCGCGACCUCCGCGACCUCCGGGGGCCCCUGUUGCAUCCUUUGCAACGCCUGCACGACCCGGCGUCGCCCCCUGCGGCCCGCAGAGCCCGCAGCAACGCCGCCUCGAGCAUGCAGGACAACAACCCGCAAGUGAACUGGAAGGACUGGAAGAUCGGCUUCAAGCUGUGCAACCAGAACAAAUCCGACUGCUUCUAUCAGACCUACUCAUCCGGGGUGGAUGCCGUGAGGGAGUGGUACCGCUUCCACUACAUCAACAUUCUGUCGCGACUGCCAAACACCUUCCCAUCCCUGGAGGAGGACAAUAAGCUGGGCAACUUCAUCUUUAGCUGCCGCUUCAACCAGGCCACCUGCAGCCAGGCGAAUUACUCUCACUUCCACCACCCGAUAUAUGGAAACUGCUACACUUUCAACAGCGAGAACAACUCUAACCUCUGGAUGUCUUCUAUGCCCGGGAUCAACAAUGGUCUGUCCCUGACUCUGCGCACAGAGCAGAAUGACUUCAUCCCGCUGCUGUCCACAGUGACUGGGGCCAGGGUAAUGGUGCAUGGGCAGGGCGAGCCUGCCUUCAUGGAUGACGGUGGCUUUAACUUGCGGCCUGGGAUAGAGACCUCCAUCAGCAUGAGGAAGGAAGCUCUGGACAGACUUGGGGGCGACUAUGGCGACUGCACCAAAAAUGGCAGUGACGUCCAAGUCAAGAACCUUUAUAAUUCCAAGUACACACAGCAGGUGUGCAUUCACUCUUGCUUCCAGGAGAGCAUGGUCAAGGAGUGUGGCUGUGCCUACAUCUUCUAUCCACGGCCUGACAAUGUGGAGUACUGUGACUAUAGGAAGCAUGCUUCCUGGGGCUACUGCUACUACAAGCUCCAGGACGCCUUCUCCUCCGAUCGCCUGGGCUGUUUCAGCAAGUGCCGGAAGCCGUGCAGCGUGACCAGCUACAAGCUCUCUGCGGGUUACUCGCGAUGGCCCUCGGUGACAUCCCAGGACUGGGUCUUCCGGAUGCUCUCCUUGCAGAACAACUACACUAUCAAAAACAAAAGAAAUGGAGUUGCCAAACUCAAUAUCUUCUUCAAGGAGCUGAACUACAAAACCAAUUCUGAGUCUCCUUCUGUCACUAUGGUCACCCUCCUGUCCAACCUGGGCAGCCAGUGGAGCCUGUGGUUCGGCUCCUCGGUGCUGUCUGUGGUGGAGAUGGCCGAGUUCAUCUUCGACCUCAUGGUCAUUACAUUCCUCAUGCUGCUCCGGAGGUUCAGAAGCCGAUACUGGUCUCCAGGCCGAGGGGCCAGAGGUGCCCAGGAGGUGGCCUCCACUCCAGCUUCCUCCCUCCCUUCCCGUUUUCGCCCCUGUCCCUGCUCCCCCAGCUCAUCCCUGCCAAGCUCUGAUGCUUCCGGAACCCUGAGCGCCCCUCCACCUGCCUAUGCCUCCCUGGGCCCCUGCCCAGCUCCACCCAGCUUGGCAGGGGCCAGCAACUCUGCCUUCACUGUGGAGGAGCCCUGAGAGGGAAGGCGAGUGGCAGCCCCCAAGGCAGCUUCCCCUGGUGGGUGGGGACUAGCCUCGGCAGGAUGAGAGAAUAUUUGGGGCUUGCUCUCAGAGCUGCCCCAACUGCCUUUGGCGUGGGGGAGGGAGGCAGGACGGGUUAGGGGCUGCAGAAAUGGCUGGGGACAGGGGCCACGGAGGCUGGCCAGAAUUGCCUUGGCUCCUGCCCAGUACCCCGGUCCUGCCUCUGGAACACUCUGGUUUCCUCACCCAAGUGCAGAUAAAUCUCCUCUUCCUUGGGAUCAGCCAAGUCCGACUUGGAGCUUUGACAGAGAACUUCCCUAGGAAACAGCUGACGACCAGAAAAAACAUAAACAAGAGCACACAAAGGCAUGCCCAGGCUUCCUGCCCAAAGAUGGCUGAAGCCAGCCCCCGACUGGCCAGGCCACACUGCUGUCCAGGGACACAGACGUUUGCUUCUCUUCUUGAACUUGGGUGGGGAAGCCCACCCAAAAGCCCCUGUAGUUAGUUCUUGGGCAAGUCCCCUUCCCUGACUCCCCAGAGCAGGGGCUGGAGCAGGCCAGAGUAGAAAAGGCGGACCAUUCCCAGUUGGCCUUGGGACUCUUCCAGCCUCGUCGACGCCGUGCCCCACAGAGCCCUGUGUCCUUCAUACCUCUCCUGGCGGGCUCACACUGUUCCAUAAACCUGGAAGCUUUCCCCGCCGUUGACUGGAGAACUCCUAUGCAUCCCCUAGAACCCUAUUCAGACUCCACCACUUCUACGAAGGCCCCUGCCCCACCUUGUCUUCCCCAGAACUGAUCACUCCCCACUCGCCUGGACUCCCGUGGCACACCACCACGUCUGUGGGAGUGCUGACUUGCACUCCACUUUCCUGUUCAUUUGUGUCUGCCUCCCCAACUAGACUGUGAGCUCCUUGUGGUCAGGGACUGUUGUUCAUUUAUGUAACCUCAGGGUCUAGCCCAGUGUCCCACUUGGAGCAAGCAGGCAGGCACUCAAUAAAUAUUUGUUGUGUGAA